AUGUCCCAAGAGAAUCACGCUCCAACGUCGCGCUCCAAGCCUCCGCCGCCGGGAGAAGAGGAUGCGGCUAAGUUGAAGCUUGGGGAGUUUCAAGACGUGGAUACACUGACCCUGUCGGAGGCGUCGCUGGUCAUCAACGCGUUGAUCGCGAAGCGGCGCAAGGACGCCAAGGGCCGGCCCAUCAACGAGACGGACGUGCUCAUCAAGACCCUCGAGUACCUAGACGCCUUUGCGCGCUUCAAACAGAAGGAAAAUGUCGAGGCCGUCGAGCGCCUGUUGAGCGCGCACAAGGAGCUUACCAAGUUCGAGAGGGCACAGAUUGGUUCUCUCUGCUGUGAUAGUGCCGACGAAUGCAAGACUCUAGUGCCCUCAAUAGCCGACAAGAUCAGUGACGAAGACCUGCAGGAGCUUCUUGACGAGAUGGCCAAGCUGAUGAGCACUUGA